AAGCCUAUGUUUUCGCUCUCUCCAUUCGUCUGUAUCCCACGCGUCUUGUCUCAUUCUCCCUGUUUAACGUCAGUCUCAUACUCCGAUUAUUCACUGUUCUCUCUCCACACACUUCUCUUCCUUAUUUUACAAACUAAGCAUUUGGAACACUUACUGAAGACACUCUGAAAGAAAGGCCAUCCAAUGGAAUCCUGAGAGCUAGACCAGCACCGUCUCUCUUGGGACCUUAUGCAGUCAAAGCUCCAGAGGUCCAGACAGUCCCAUACUCAGUGCUUCAUCUCAAUGAGUCUUUAAAUAUGAUGGUGAGGACAUUUCCCAGAGCACAGAUCAUAAAGGAUUUCCGAGAACGUUGCCAGUAUCUGGCAAAAAACGACAACGAGGGGUAUCAACAGGAGUUCGAGGCACUAAAUGAUGUUGGAAAGGAGUUUUCCACCAGGGCAGGAGAACUGGAUGUUAACAAGAACAAGAAUAGAUACCCUUAUAUUCUACCCUAUGACCACUGCAGAGUGAAGCUGUCAUUGCUAGAGUCGGAGCUGCACUCAGACUACAUCAAUGCCAGCUAUGUACCCGGAGGCAGUUCAGAGCGUGACUUCAUAUGCACUCAAGGACCUCUGAAGAGCACCAUAGCUGACUUCUGGAGAAUGGUUUGGGAACAGAACGUGCAUGUGAUCGUCAUGCUGACAUCUCUGAAAGAAAGUGGCAGAGUUCUAUGUGAUCAGUACUGGCCCCCUGAGAGAGGUACUGGUUGCUACGGUGAUAUUCAGGUGACAACAGUGUCUCGCAAGCGUGGGCCAGAAUCCUACAUCACCACCAUUCAUCUGCGUCAGAAUGGCUGGCCUGCUGAGCGUAGAAUCACACACUACCUGUAUCCCAGCUGGCCAGACCACUGUGUCCCACGAGAGGCGUCUUCCCUCUGUACCUUCACCGAGAAUGUGCGGCAGCACCUAGAAAACAUGCCUGGUGUAGGCCCAGCCGUAAUCCACUGCAGUGCAGGUGUGGGGCGCUCGGGGACCUUUGUCACACUUCUGUGGCUUCUUCAGCUGUGUACGCGAGGGGUUCAGCCUGAUGUGAAAGCCUCCGUGCAGGACAUGCGGCGACACAGAGUAUUAAUGGUGCAGACACUGGAGCAGUACAUAUGUGUGCACAAGUGUCUGAUGCGCUGGCUGUCUGCAGACAGUAAACCACUGGCGCACGGUGCAAAUAGAGCACGAUCCCAGAGUGCACCGGCGCAGGUCCGACAGGACCCCCGACAGAUCAGCCAAUCACGGCCCAGGAGUAUGGAGGCCAAACAGCCUCCCAUGCGGCUGCAGUCAAGCCCCGGUGUCCUGCAGUCCUUCAACAUGCAGCUGCAGAGCAUCAGACAGACAAAUCUGCUGCGGAGGCUAAUGCCCUCUACAGCCAGGACAGGCAAAGCCACGGACUCUGACCUGUAGUGGACUUGCCACACACACACACACACACACACACACACACACACACACACACACACACACACACACACACACACACACACACACACACACACACACACACACACACACACACACACACACACACACACACACACACACACACACACACACACACUUAUUUCCAGCUCUGGAUGGACACAGGUACACACAUACACACACACACACACACAUGCGUGCGCACACAAUCAGUCAGUAAAGGAUACACCAGUAUACACUUUAAAAGGAAAUAAACCACAAGUAAAUAUGCACAUCUAUUUGCGGUAACAACAAGAACAGCAGUUGACCGUCUGAACGAUCUUCAGCCAGGUAGAUAAUCCACCGGUUUAAGGCGUAGAAGCAAUGCAUGGGGGCUUUUACUUUCUGAAGCCGGGCUUCUCAUCUCUGUCAUCCAGUUCCUACAGUUUUCUAUGAAGAACUGAAAGGGGACACGAGUACACUGACGUGCUAUUGGCUUUAGGGACGUCAGAACUACCAACAACCAGAGACUCCAGCCAGACUGGUCCCUCUGGAACUCCGCACAAUAAUAAUAAUAAUAAUGAUAAUACAGUGUACUGAAUACAUUAGAUUUGUGGUUAUCUUGUCAUCAAACUUGAUCAUGUUUCAACUGUUCAUUACAGUCACAUUCAUUUUU